AUGCAGUGGAACCGAUGGAACACUGAGAAACAUUCAAGAGAACCAGGAAGUUCCCAACUUCCUGAUUCAUCUGCAGUAUCGCCCCACAAAUUGAAUAAAAGAAGUUUGAAAAGUGUUCUAUCGGAGCCCGGGUCCCUGCAUACUGCAGCCCCUUCAUCUCAAACAUCUUGGACACCCAUGCGUGGUUACUCAGGAGUAGCAUAUUCUGUACCAUGUUACUCUAAUGCCCUGUAA